CACUAGGUGAUGACUUCACUCUAUUAACAUUGAACUUAAUAACCUAAUCUCAUUGAAAAUGAUGCUUCAGUUUCAUACAUCGUAAAUUAUUCAGAAUAUUUAUUACUUAACCUUAUUAUCGAUCUACAUAUAUCUAUAUAUCUAUAUAUCUAUAUAUCUAUAUAUCUAUAUAUCUACAUAUCUACAUAUAUACGCAAAUAAAAACUAGAUAUCCGUUACAAAUCCUUCCAAAUGCGCAAGUCUUACAUGCGAAUUCCAUAUACCGAUGUAUUAGCAUCUCCUACCACCAUCCCCAGAACGGCAACAUCGAUAUCAGGUGCUGUUACCGCUCUCCAGGAAUUCUUCCAAGCCCCUCUAGCAAAUGCAUCGCCUCCCACGGUAGUUCUAACUGGAGCGGGCAUAUCCGUGGCUAGUGGUCUUGCGGAUUACCGGGGGCCUCAGGGUACCUACAGAGUGAACAAGACCUAUCGGCCCAUCUACUACCAUGAGUUCCUCCAGAACCACGAGGCUAGAAAGCGUUACUGGGCUAGAAGUUUUCUUGGUUGGACAACGCUCCUCAAUGCAAAACCCAAUGCCGGCCACUACGCAAUAAAACAAUUAGGUGACAUGGGACUAGUUCAGAAUGUGAUUACGCAAAAUGUGGAUUCUUUCCAUUCAAAGGCUCAUCCCCUGCUCCCCACGAUCGAGCUACAUGGCUACUUGAGAUCAUGCGUAUGCAUAUCAUGUCACGAAGAACUGCCCCGACACACCUUUCAAAACGAGCUAGCCCGGCUGAACCCUGCCUGGGCAGCCUUCCUCCAGGAGAUUCUAGCCUCUGGUGCUUUGGACACUGAGAAUCCAGACGAAAGACGAGAAAAGGGAUUAAGAACAAAUCCUGAUGGCGAUGUAGAUCUCCCAGACGCCCCUUACACAACAUUUCGCUAUCCACCCUGCCCAAAAUGUCUCGUGGCUCCGCCCCUCAUGACAGAUGGGAGCCGAGCGAGAGUCGAAGCCGAUGCUGAUGGUGCAUUGUUGUCAACAAGCACUGGUGGUGUGCUAAAGCCAGCUGUUGUAAUGUUCGGGGAAAACAUCCGGCCUUCUAUCAAAAUCGCUGCAGAACAGAUUUUGGAGAAUGCGGGGAGCCUGCUGGUAUUGGGAACUUCACUUGCCACCUAUUCUGCCUGGCGACUGGCCAAGAAGGCCAAAGAUCGAGGCAUUCCCAUCGCGAUCGUUAACCUUGGUGGCGUUAGGGGUGAAGAGACUUUCUUUGCCGACCUUGAUCCAUCCCAGAGAGGGAAUCAAGGACUUAGAGUAGAGUUGUCCACUGAUGAAUUACUACCGGCUCUUGUAGAGCAAUUACGGCAGACAUCAAACCUAAAGGCAUCUGCGAAGAAUCCCGAUCCUGUCCCUAGUACCGAGCGACAUGGCGCUUUAGGGUUUAAGGACCUGAUGUCGUAAUAGUGUAAUCGUGUCGAGCGGUGCCUAG